CGGAGCGGGGGCGGGAGACUGUGGCUUCUGGAAAAGGCCGGUCGUUCUCUGAGACAAACGGUCAGUGAGCGAGUGUGAGAUCCGAUGGGUCUCCCGGGAACUUCCUUCAACCCCAACAAGGACCUCAAGGAAGAAUUCGUUAGUAACUUGACGGGUUCUUCUAUGGUCGAGAUCUUUGCGCUCUCUACGAUUGUUCCCGCCUUCACUUUGCUCAGAAAGUGGAAUGGCUUAAAGAGUGCAGGAAUGCAGAAUCAAAAUUUCGUUGGACCUAAAGGUUGGAGACAAUAUUUCUUCAUGUUGGCAUUAGACUUUCUUUUUGUUGUUCUUCCACCUGCCUUGUUUUUCACUGUAUUAGCAGAAUGGACAUACAUAUGUGCUGGCUGCAUGAUGCUACUGUUGGUUGUCAUUGUUGCACUUGGAAGGAUCUUGCCGUCUAGAUCUCAUUACAUGAGGACAGGGGCUGACUCAUCGACAGCUAUUAGGAGGUUGAUCUCAUCAUACCGAGUAUCAGUUAUGAUUGUGACUUGCUUGUGCAUCUUGGGUGUUGAUUUCAGAAUUUUUCCUAGAAGAUAUGCAAAAACUGAGACUUAUGGCACUAGUUUGAUGGAUCUUGGGGUUGGUUCUUUUGUUUUGGCAAAUUCUUUGGUUUCAAGGCAAGCACGACAAGGGACAACUUUGAAAUACAAGUCUUCACUUCAGGCCAUAACUCCACUUAUACUUUUAGGCUUUGCUCGACUUGUGUUUACGAAGGGUGUUGAUUAUCAGGUUCAUGUAGGAGAAUAUGGUGUUCAUUGGAACUUCUUUUUCACCCUUGCUGCUGUUUCUUUGUUAACAUCAAUUUUUAAUAUUCAUCCUCGAUACUGUGGAUUUCUUGGUUCAUUCAUCCUAUCAGCUUAUCAGAUAUGCUUGCUAUUUGGACUAAAUGAGUACCUUACCUCAAGAGAAAGGAAUAUGAAUCUUUUCAGCCAAAAUAAGGAAGGAAUUAUCAGCUUGUUUGGUUAUUGGGGCAUGUACCUUAUUGGUGUUAACUUAGGUUACUACCUUUUCUUUGGGAAAAACUCUAGAAAGGCGGAUAUGAACUCUGUUCAAACUGUGCAACUUAGAGUCAUGUUUUUUUCUAUAACCUUUUGGUUGCUGACCAUGCUUCUGGACAAAUAUGUGGAAAAUGUUUCUCGUCGCAUGUGCAAUCUGGCAUAUGUGACACUUGUAUUGGCACAGAACUUUCAGGUCCUGGCAAUUUUGAUGCUUUCUGAUGUUCUGAGGUCAAACCUAUUAGUCCUUGAAGGGGCAUUUGAUCAAAAUUUAUUAGCUGCAUUUCUUUUAGCCAACAUCCUCACUGGAUUGAUAAACUUGACCAUUGAUACCCUUUUCGUUUCAUCAGCCAUGGCACUUGGUGUACUGCUUUUAUACUCCAUGUCCUUGACUUUUCUGGUGGGUUGUGCCAAGUUUCUUGGUAUGAAGUUGAAAUUUUGGUAGCCUUCACUUUUGAAGCAAAUGGAUGCCAAACUUACAGACUGACGUAGGAAAUUUCGUGUGUUAAUCUUUUCUCGUUGCACGUACCUUCUGUACUAUAUUUUUACAACCAAUAAGCAUUUAUUGAAUCCCAUAGUUUGGAUUAUGAAGGUGAUUGACAUGGGAAUUUAAGUUAUUACCAAUUCUGGUACUAGUUCUGGAUGAUGAGGCAAACGAUUAGGAAGACAGAAAAAAGCCGACACCAUGCCUCGUUAUGGUCUGGGUGCGGCAACCACAAACAGAAGGGGACACGAUUGUUGAUUCUGUGAACGGUAUUUAUUUCAUUUUCAAUAGAAAAACUCUCCUGCUCCAUGUCUUCUUGCUUGCCUAUGCAGUAUGAAGUUGAUAAUUUCGGCUUUCCAGUCCAAUGUGCCUGUGAUUGUGCCUUAUAGUAUAGAACGAUGGGAUCCGUCAAGAUGCUGAGAAAGAAGGGCGGGAGCUGUUCAAGUUGCCGUAGUUCGUCUCAUCUUAUUCUUUUGAUUCACUGAUACUCUGUUGAACCUCGUCCACCGGAGUUAACAAAUAGUAAUACUUUAUGGUUGUGUGUCA